UUCUAGGGUUUAGGAAGUGGCCGCAGAGGAGGAGGAAGUGAAGUGAAGAGCCGAGCCGCACAGGGAAGCAUACAAUGGCGAGGAUUAAGGUUCACGAGUUGAGGAACAAGUCCAAGACAGACCUCUUGAGCCAGUUGAAGGAGCUCAAGUCUGAGCUCGCUCUCCUCCGCGUCGCCAAGGUCACCGGCGGUGCACCGAACAAGCUUUCCAAGAUCAAGGUCGUGAGGCUAUCGAUUGCGCAGGUGCUGACAGUGAUCUCUCAGAAACAGAAGGCCGCUCUCAGGGACGUUUACAAGAACAAGAAGUUGUUGCCCCUUGAUCUCCGUCCCAAGAAGACUCGUGCUAUUCGCAGACGCCUCACCAAGCACCAAGUGUGUAUUCUCUUGCUGUUCGUUUAACUAUAAUUAUGCUGUUAUGUUAUUGAUAAUAUGUCUUGCACUAGGAGUAGGAGAAUGCUCAGCGUAGAAAUAGUUAACUUGAUAAGGGUGGAAAUUGUUUGAAGCUAUCCAGUGUUAUGAAAGCAAUAGAACUGGUGGCAACUUGGUUAUUGGUCGAAGCCUCACAUCUGCGAGCUCCUAAGGUUAGCUAGUGAAUCUAGAAGGCAAUUGUAUUGAUGACCUAGGGUUAAGCAUCUGGUGACUGGAAGCAUCUCUUAAGACCGAGCGGGAGAAGAAGAAGGAGAUGUACUUCCCAUUGAGGAAAUAUGCUAUCAAAGUUUAGGGUAGUCGAAUGGCCAUCUUUUAGUUCAACCUGUGGGUUUGUUUAUGUUCGAAGACCUAAAAUUACUCGCUAUUUUUCUCGGAAUCCAUGAUCUUUUGUUAGUUCCUGUCCAGACCUCCUUGGUUACUUUCCAUGCCGAUGUUUGCAAUGUCACGCAAGUACCUUUGUUGCUAGUGUUCCUCGUGGGACUUCGAUGACCCAU